AAAUAAAAUUAAAAAACAUAUAAAUAAAAAAUAAAGAGAAUAAUUUACUUCAGAAUAAAGCGUUUAUGAUGUGGAGUUUCACUUUUAUAGGGAAUGAAGUUGUCCUCUUCCUUUUCAUGAGAUUAGAUUAGAUAGUUCACCUCUAACAAUAAACCUCCUCCUUCUUUCCCUUUUCGCCCCCCAUUAUUUUCCAACAAUAAACCUUCCUUACUCAUCCUCAACCCCCCCACAAACCCCACCUGGUGUAGCCCCUAUUACCUCACUUUUCUUGUUUUCUUGGGAUUGCAUGCAUCAUAUUUUUUAACCUUUUCUUGAUUUCUAGUCUCUUCUUCUAUUUUUGAAUGUUUUUCAUUUGGGUUUUAAUGGAUGUUUGACUUUCAUGGUUCGUUUCCUCUUGUAAAGCAAAAAAGAUUGGAUUUUUAAUAUGUUCAAGAUUCAUUUUCUCUUUAAUCGGUUUUCCUGAACUUUCCCAGAGAUUGAAAUCUAUCUAUCUGGACCGAGAGAAACUGUUUCUUUCUGGACUUUCAGAAAUUGAAUUUGUAUUGGCUGAGAGGGUUCUGGUUUCAGAUUUAAAGGAGAAAAGAGGCUAAUUGGGUCUGAAAUCUCUGGCUGGAGUUGAGGAUUGAACUAUUAUGAGUUUUUUGUUGUUUGGUUCAUUGAGUAUUGUUGUGAUGAUUUAUAUCUGAACUAAUUGGAUUGAAUCACAAAUGGACUUGUCAAACUGUAAGCAAUUGAGAUUUUUUGGAGUCCAUUUGAAUUUCUUGGCUGCAAAAUGCUUUGUGUUGGUUGUCAUUACUUUGUUCCUUGGAACUGUUUUGCUUCCAACAUUCUCUGGACUUGGUGGGGUCAUUCGACAGAACAAAUUUGUCUUUGUCCAUAACCGUUCAUUUUCAUCGAGUCAACCUGUAAAACACAAGUUUCUUGAAGUUCCACAGAUUGUGUGGGGAUUGAACAAUCAGAAGAUUGCUUUUGCUAGAGCUUGUUUGACUGCACGAAUGCUCAAUCGAACACUGUUGAUGCCUAAAUUGAGUGCUUCUCUGUUUUAUAAAGAAGUCGAACUUUUGAAGCCUAUUUCCUUCGAUAAGAUCUUCCAAUUCGGAAGAUUUAAUUCCGUUUGUAAAGGGUUUGUACAAUUGAGUCGUUAUUCAGAUGUUUCCAAUCAAAGUGAUGUUAUCGAACUUCAAAAAGGCAGUGGAAGAAGGUGGACAUUGGAAAAAGAUUUGGAGCAGUUGAAUCAAUUUAGUAAGCAUCCAUAUGAUGCACGUGAGAUCGUUCGGAUAGUAGGAAAGAACCCGUUUCUGUGGCAUGACCAUUGGCCAACUAAAGACUAUGCAAAGGUUUUCGAAUGCUUAGCUUUAGUAGAGGAGAUAUCGAUGGAAGCAGAUAAAGUUGUCUCAAAAAUUAGAGAAAUAGGAAUGGAGCUAAGAAGUAAGAAUCCAAUGUCAAGCUCUUCAUCAGAACCGGUUCCCUUUGUAGCUGUGCACAUGAGAAUAGAAAAGGAUUGGAUGAUUCACUGUAAGAAGCUGGAGCAGAGAUUAAAUAUUAGUGAAAUUUGUAGUAGUAAGGAGGAGAUUAUGAUCAGGGUGGGAAACACCGCGGGUCUUAAAACUCCUGUAGUCGUUUAUCUUGCUGUUGCCGAUACUCUUCUGGAAGAUAAUACUGUCUUGAAUGGCUGGAAGAACGGCCUGCAUCCUUUUGAGAAGAAAAAACUAGGUGUUUUUGACAUUUACAAGAAGCAACCAUAUCUAUUUCAAUCUGCUAUUGACUAUGAAGUGUGCUUAAGAUCCGAUAUCUUUGUAGGGAACAGUUUUUCAACAUUUUCAAGCCUUGUUGUUCUUGACAGAACCCAAAAGAUGAUUAAAGAGGGUGAGACAAAGUUGUGUGGUUCGGAUGUUAGAUGGCCUUCUUAUGCAUACAAUAUAAGAGGAGCAGGGAAUAGCCCUCAUCCGUGGGUAACAAAUAUGUCCGACACUAGUUUGAUAGCAAUUAGCUAUGGUUCUAAUCACAUAUCUUGCUGAUAGCUCUCUCAAGGCUUGAAUUACUUAUUGUUUGCCAACGAUUGCCUUCGAUUCUUCUUUGAAGCAAUUCUGAAGCGGCUUUCUGGGGAUUGUGAAGAGUAGGUAUACUUUUUUGCAUUUGUGUAGUUAUAUAUCUCAGAUUUUGCAUUCAUUUUUUGUUGAUAUGUUACAGUAAAUUGUUGAUAGAGCAUACAAUUUUGCAUGAUAUACUCUUUGUUUCUUAUACUGAACAAACGAAGAAGAAUUUGAUAUUUUAGGCCUUGGUGCUUUCAUUGUUAGCCUCCAAUCAUUUGUAAAGAACAAUGUUUUCUAUUGAACCAUGACUCUUGUCUUUAGGAAUAAAGAAAUCUAUACCUUGUAUCUUUCAAA